CGCACAAAAGACAUUGCUGUGGACAAAAUUGGGAAACAAAGGCAUUGGCUGGAACUAUGCCCAGAUUUACAUAUCCCAGCCUGGGACCUCAGUUCAAAUCAUCAUUGAAGGUCUUGCCGGUACGGCUAGCGAUGGUGACAUAGCAAUUGAUGACCUUAGCUCCAACACAGGUCUCUGCCCACCACAGAACACGUGUGACUUUGAAGAAGGUCUCUGUGGUUACUCGCAGGACACCACUGACCAGUUUGACUGGGCCCUGCACCAGUCGUUUACUGGAACAACAGGCACCUGGCCCAGCAGUUGAUCACAGUGAAGGCACCGCAGCGGGACAUUACAUUUACAUCGAAUCUUCCUCUCCCCAACAUCCUGGGGACAUCGCCAGAAUUGACAGCCCCGUGUAUAAUCCAUCUUCCGGAUCCUGCGUUACAUUCUGGUACAGUAUGAAUGGCAUCACAAUAGGAACUCUGAACAUCUACAAGAAGACUGGGGCAACCCGAGGUUCACCAUUAUGGACCAUGAGUGGCAACCAAGGAUUGCAGUGGCAGAAAGCCCAGGUUUCUGUAUCCAGCUCUGUGGGUUUCCAGGUCACAUUUGAAGGAAUAAUUGGCCCAGGGUACAAGAGUGACAUUGCACUUGAUGACAUUGACAUAAGUCUGGGUGCUUGUCCCACUGCAGGCUCUUGUAAUUUUGAAAAAGAUCUUUGCGACUGGACCAAUGCAAAUGCUGGCGAUGAUUUUGACUGGGAAAGAAUUCAAGGUGCCACUGCCAGUAACAACACUGGACCUCAAACAGACCAUACUUUGAACUCCGCCUAUGGAACGUACCUGUACAUUGAAGCCUCAGACCCACGUCAACAGGGGGACAAGGCCUGGCUUGUUUCUUCCGCUUAUCCCAAUGGUACGGACCAGUGUAUUUCCUGGUGGUACAACAUGAAUGGUGGAGGUAUGGGAACACUUAAUGUUAAUGUAUGGCCUUAUAACACGGGCAUGAGCCAAACCACCAUCUGGCUAAAAUCUGGCGAUCAAGGUCCAAUGUGGAAUCAAGGACAAGUUCAAAUCCUUGAUCCAGGAGCAGCUUACAGAAUUGUCUUUGAAGCAAUACGAGGUCCAAAUUACAAUUCAGAUUUAGCCAUCGAUGACAUUAUUCUGUUGCCUGGUAAUUGUAUGGGGCAUGCUAUCCCCCAACUCAACCCGUGUGUCUACCAGUGUGAUGGACACUGUGUGAGAAGUGAUCAGAUCUGCAAUCUUAUUAAUGACUGUUCAGACAUACGUGAUGAAAACACAUGUGGUUACAACUGCAACUUUGAGACGGGGACCUGCAAUUGGAGCAAUACUAAUGGCACAAGUUUUGUUUUUAAACAGGGACCAAGCCCAGUGCCAAAUUCCAACCUUGGUCCACUCUUUGACCACACAACUUUAAGUCCCAAUGGACAUUACAUGUACCUGGAUGCAGACAAGGGAUCCCUCUACUCUUCAGCUAUCUAUGUCAGCCCUCUUCUAAUGCAAGCAUCCCCUUCAUGCGAGAUGGUCUUCUAUUAUCACAUGACAGGAACAUAUAUCGGUCAGCUUGAAGUCACACUAAAACAGGACUAUCUGCAAUCAAGAGUAUUCUUCCUUCUUGGUGAUCAGCAAAAUGUCUGGAAAAAAGCUGUAGUUUACAUAGGCAGAAUGUCAAAUCCCUUCAAUGUGGUUAUCAAUGCAAGAAGAACAUUCUCUACCAAUGGUGACAUUGCAAUUGAUGACAUCUUUUUCCAAAAUUGCGGUUACCCAGCACCUCAAAGCUCCUGUGCUGCUAAUCAGUUCAAAUGCAAAACAAAUGUUUGCAUUUCCAAGUCACGACUCUGUGACUUCACUGACGACUGCGGUGACAACAGUGACGAAGCCAAGAGCAGUGACAUUGUGUCCUGCAGUACGUACCAAAAAUGCAGCUUUGAGCAAGAUUUCUGUUUCUUCCAACAAGACCAGACAGACGACUUUGACUGGUCACGUAGGUCGGGGCCAACUGUCACUGUUGGCACUGGGCCCUCCAGAGACCACACGCUCAACAGCGCAAAUGGGCAUUAUUUGUACAUUGAGACUUCUUCUCCUCAGCGACCUGGGCAAACUGCAAGACUCGUCAGCCCAUUCUUGUUUGCCAACGACUCCAGUAACUUUUGCAUAAUGAGAUUCUAUUACGAGAUGUUUGGACCAGAUAUAAAUACAUUGACAGUUUAUUACAGAACACAGGUCAACGGCCAACUGAAUCGACUCUGGGGCAGAAAUGGAAAUGUCGGGUGA